AGUCCUCUUCAGUUAGUAUCUGACCAUCGAAUUGAUUGCACACAUUAAGUAGAAAAAAAAAUAGAAAAAAAACACACGGAAAAAUUUCUUCCGUCAAGAAAUCAUAGUGGAAAAAUCUAAUAAGAGAAGAAAAAAAAAAUAAUAUAAAUUUGAAGUUAUUUUUCGUUUUUCUUGCUAUUAUAAUUAUUAUUUUACCUUAUUUGGAGAAAUUAUUGGAGAGAAAAAAAAUAUAUUCAUCUUUUCUUGAAAUAUUUUUUUUGCCAUAUUCAUUUAAAAAACAAUUUUCUCCUAUAUAGAAAGCAAAAAAAAAGAAUAGAAAUUAAAAAAAUUAUUAAAAGAACUUCAGUUCAGUUUUGUAAAGUUUUUGUUGUAAAAAAAAGAAGAGAACGUGUACAGAAUUAGAAUUCUUUUAAGUCUAAAACUAAAAUAAAAAAUAAACGUAAAACUUGACGCAUUUUCUUAAAAAAUUAAACAAAUAAUUUAGAAAAAUAGAAAAGAAAAUAUUAAAAAAGAUAAGAAGUGAUAAAAAAAAUUUUAUUUUUUGUUUCAUGUUUGUGUGUAUUUAUAAAAAAAAAUUACCGUUAAUUUAUUAUAAAUAGUGAAAAAGAUUAGAACAACUUUUAUAAACAUUUUUAUAAUUUUAAUAAAAAAAAAUUAAAACAAAUUCAAAAAAUAAUUGUACAAAAUUUUCAUAAUUUUGUACAAUUAAUCGGAAAAUAGUUUUUAAAAAUUAAAGAAAAACUUCAAAUAUAAUAAAAAGGAAAUGAUAACGAAAAAAAUGGAAAUAUCAAUGAACUUUAUAACGAUAUUACUAUGUUUUAUAGUAGUAAUAAGUAGGAGCUAUCAAAUAAAUGGAAUGCGCUUAGGUUUACCUUGUCAACAUGAUAUGGAUUGUACCGAUUAUAUUAAAGAUAGUAUUUGUUCAAUGGACAAUAUUUGUGAAUGUUCACCAUAUUAUGUACAAUUAAAUGAUUCAACAUGUUUACCAUCACAAUUAUUGGGAAGUGAUUGCGUUUUACAUGAACAAUGUUCAAUGAAAGUCGCAAAUAGUAGCUGUUUAGAUGGAGCUUGCCGAUGCGUUGAAGGUUUUUUACAAUUUAGAAAGCAUACAUGUCUCGGACCUGCACAUCCAGGUGCCGUCUGUUACAGCGAUGCGCAUUGUCGAAUGUUUUCAGUCAAAAGCCACUGUGAUUUUUUAAUACCAAAUCUUUUCGGCCGAUGCCAAUGUAGUGCACCAGCACGUCAAGUUGGUGGAGAUUGUUUAUAUGAAAACGAAACGUCAACAUUUGAAGAGUUUUAUGAAAUGUCAUCUGUGACACCACAAGAAAUAAUAACAACAAAACAAAGCGAAACUACUUUAGGUCCUGUAGUGGUUCCAUUCACUGAAAAUCAGCUAGAUCUAAAAUUAGAAUCAACAGAAACUUCGUCAGAACAUGAUGAUACUAAAACUUCAGAAAGUAUUAAUUUACCUUUAAAUAAAAUUGCAGAAAAUCAAAUAGCAGAACAAGAUGAUAUUCCUUCAAAUGUGGUAGGACAGCAAAGUGAUUCUUCCGAGCAAGAAAACAUUUCAGCGGAUCAAUCAUUAGAAAACCAUGAAAUAACAAAUCAAAGUGACAUUGCUAUACUUGAUGAUACUUCAAAAACAGAAGAAAGCCAAUAUACAGAAAACCAAUCAAGUUUGGAAAAUAGUACCGAAAUGUUACCGGAUAAGUCAGAGGAAUAUAUAAGUGCGCAAGAUAAUUCAGAAAGCUUCUCAAAUUCAGAACAAGUUGGUCAAGACAUUUUGGAACAUCAUGUACCAGAAAGCAUAAGCAAUGAAUCUGCAGAUGAAUUACAAAGUGGAAGUUUUUCAUUGAACAUUGAUGACAAUCAAUCAACUGAAAAUCACCCCACAAAAGUGUCAAAUUCAGAAAAUCAGAAUGUUAUGCAUGAAGAAACUCUGCAACCACUACUGUCCUCAGAAGAUGCAACUAAAUCAGAGGAACCAGAGAAAAACGAAAACAAGGAAGGUGAAAACGAGUCUGAUAUUGAAGGGUCAACAGAAAACGCAAUUUCGCAUGAAAAUGAUGAAAGCAUGGAUGAAGACGAAAUUAAAGCUACUACGGAAAAAAAAGGUGAUAAUGAAGCUACAACCAUAAGAUAUCCAGAAGAAAAUUUUGAGGAUGAAGAGAAUGACUCUGGAAAUGAUGAAAGUUACGAUUAUCCUUUUAAAAUAGAAGAAGAAGAUGAAUAUGCACACCACGAAAGUGAACAUUCCGAACAAACUGAAAAAGAAGAAGAAUUUCACCUUGAACAAACUACACAAGUGUUUAAAGCACCCCAAGAUAGUAAUACAGAAAAAUCAGUAGAAAUAAAUGAAUCACAAAAUUUAGAAACAAUCGAUUCCGCAUCAACCGACAGCCACUCAGGUGAAAAGGAGGACGCUUCACACUCUGUUAAUGAAAGCUUCGAAAAUAAUCAAGAUAUUUUCUCAAAUUCCAAUGUGAACUUAAAUAACUUAGACAAAGAAAGUGUUGAACAUACAACUAUUAGUCCAAUUAAUAGCUUAAUAACGAAAAAUAGUGAAGAAACGUUCGAAAAUGGGGAUAUUGUUACGGCUGCAGAUCAAAUAAAAAGCGAGGAAGAUAAAAGUAUAGAUGACGGAACCACAGAACUGCUUAAACCACAAGAACAAAUUUCAACUGAAAAGGAAACAUCACCAGAAAGUGAAAAUACUGAACAAACCCCAUUAUUUAGUUCACCAAUCGAAGAAAAUGAUAGUUCAUUAUCAAAAUUGGAUGUAGAUACCACUAAUGAAAGUACAACGGAAAAGUCUCAAGAAACUUUAGCUGCCGAAGAAAAUAAAACUGAACUACCAAAGGAAAGCAUUAACCUUAAAACAGAACAGCCAGUUCAUCAAGAUGUUAUGAUGCAACAAAAUGAUGACAAAGAAGUUUCUAAAGAAGAAAACAAUAACGCUUUUAAUGAAGAAAUUGAACAUAUUUUAAGUGAGGAAAAUAAUAGUGCCGAGAGGUUAAGCGAAGAAGUUUCAAAAGAGCAACCAAUCAAAGUUUCUAGUGAACAUUCAGAAGAAACUUUUGGAGAAGAAAUUCAAUCUGAAGAUGAUGUUAAUAAAGACGAUUUAUUGUUGCCAUCUGUCACUCAGCACCCUGUAGAAGGAGAUACAACUAAAAGUGAAAAUGUGAACUCAGGAGAACAUAUCAGAGAUGGAAUUUUGGAAGAAGAAAUAGAAAGGAAAACUGAUGCUCCAACUAAAGAAGAUAUUUCUGAUCAAUAUAAAAUACAAAUUAAUAAUCCAACAGAAUCACCAAUUUGGCAUGAAUUUGUUCAGCAAGAGGAUAUCGCAGAAAGUACAACAUUAAGUGAUUCCGCUAUUCUUCCCAGUGAUAAUAGUCAGAACAAUGAACCCAACGAAUUUUUAAUUAAAAAUGCAGGCGAUACUGAAAAAUUAACGGACCAAUAUGGUCUUAUGAAAGAAGUUACAACUUUAAAACCAGUUGAUACAGCAGAAGAACAAACCACAAUUCUAAAUUUGACUGAAGAAAAGAUUGUAGAAAAUGUGCAAGUACUACAGUCAGACAAUUUGUCACAAGUUUCUGAAAGUGAGGAAAUUUCUCAUGCACUUGAACCAGAGAAAAAUUUAUUGGCAGGCGAUCUAGAAGAAAAAAUUGAAAACAAAUUUACGACAGAAGCUCCGAUUAUUGAUUUAGUAACAAUAGAACCUUCUGUUAACCAAAUUGACGAAAAAAUAAUAACAUUGAAACCUUCUGUAGAAUCAAUUCAAAAAAAUGAAAACAUCUCAUUCGAAUCACAACCAUUAGAAAACAUGAAUUUUAACGAAAAUUUAGAAUCCAUAGUUUCAAUGGUAGACGAUCUUAAUCGUGAUAUCGAUUCUCUUACAACAAUAUCUCCUCCUAUGAUUAGUAAUACCAACCAGCUUCCAGAGGAACAUGCUCUUCAAGCUGCUAUGGAAUCUGAGGAAAAUAAACUAGAUGAUAAAAAAGAUUUGACAACUAUGAAGACACUUAAGGAAUCAGAAAUAGAUGAUAGCAUAUCUAAUGAAUCAGCAGUUCAAUCUGUAACUCAAAAAAUACCCCAAGAAUUAUCACAAGAAAAGGCUGACGAAUUAUCGAGUAAAAAUGAAGCCGAUGACAUUUUAGGCAAGGAUAAACCUUCUCUUUUGGAAACUGAUCCAAUACAGUUGGAGAUAAUGACAAUAACAACAAUUAACCCUAACUUAAUUAAAGAAGAAGUUGUAAAGUCUGAACCUUUAGACGAAUCCUCAGGUACAGAGAAAAAUAUUUUCGAACAAAUAGAGGAAGAAAUAGAAAAUAUUUUAGAACAAACAACAUUGAAACCUCAAUUAGAUAGUAGUAAAGGAACGGAAGAAACUUUCAAAAAUACUGAAGAACUUCCAGGAAUUGAUGAAAGUGUUGAUACAACGGUUGCCCCAGAAUUAGCGGCACAAAAUCCACCAGACAUAGACAUUGAGCGUGAAGAAAUUCCUAUUGGCUCAUUAUUUAUUGAUCAAAUGAUUCAAGAAGCUAUGCAAUCGUUAGAUGAAACUCAUGCUACAACCAUUGCUCCAAACAUAAUUUUACCAAGGGGCGAAGAUGAACAAUUAUUUAGUCCAAGUCAAAUAUUAUCCUUAAAUAAUAAUUUUAAUCAACAAAAGCCAUCAAAUAACGAGGAUAUUUCACAAAAACAAACUAUUGAAAACGAAAGCGUAACUGCAAAGCCUGAUGGAAUCAAUGACAUAAACUCAAUGGUAAACAAUGAUUUAGAAAAUGAAGCAAAUUUUAUACCAAUGAAAGAUAAUCUCAAUACUGAGGUAGAAAAAGAAACCGAGAAAAUGAGUGAGAAAGAAUUUGAUUCUGAAAUUGUUAAACCACUCGAUGAUGUUAAUAAAGAUAUUCCUGAACAAAUUUCAAAUACCGAACAGGAUCACUUUAUAACAGAUAUAUCACGUGAAAUUGCACAAGAAUUACCAGAAUCAUACACAACAAGACCAGAAACAUUAAACCUUGCAAAUAAAUUUAUUACGACUCUAUUCCCAAUUUAUCAACAAAUAAAUGAUAGUGAUGUUGAAGUUACCACUGCUGUCGAUACUAUUCCAGAUCAAUUAACUAAUAUAAAAUUCCAAUCAAAUAAUCUCUCUCACGAUUCAACGGAAGCAGAAUCGAAUAUUUAUUCAGUUCAAAUAACAACAAACGAUCCCAAUUUGUUAUGGAACCAAUACAAUAUUGAAAACAAUAAUAGUAUCAAAAAUGAAAAUGUUGAAAAUAAAAACAAUAAUGAAAACAUCAACAACAACAACAGUGAUAACAGUGAUUCAAAUGGUGAUGAUAAUAAUGAUGUUGAUAAUAAAAAUAAUGACGAUACUUUAAUCAACAAAACAAUCAAUAUCAAUAACAUGGAGAAUAAUGAAAAACAGGAUAAUAGUGAAAUAACAACUGAAAAAUUAUUACCUGAAGAUCUUCAACUGACCACGACGACGUCAACAACGAAUGAAAUCAAUAAAUUUAAUGCCGACAUUGAAAUAAUAAAAACCAAUAAAAUGCCAAUGGCUAUACCGCCACUAAGUGCCAAUAAAAUUGAUGAAACAAUUUCAGAUAAUCUUACAAUAAAAAACAACAAAAAUAACAAUAAUAUGGAAAAAAAUAAUAUAAAAGACAGCUCAGACAUUAACUAUAGUAAUUCACAACAAGAACAAAUUCAAUCAAUUUCUUCUGUUACUGCUGCUAAUUCUGACUAUCAUCAAGAAAAAUCUGAUCAUCAUCAACAUCAUUAUUCUUUAGUAGAUCAAGAAAAUAAUAGUAAUUCUAAUAGAAGUGAUAUUAUUGAUUCACAACAAAAUCUAUAUAAUAUAGAAGAUAGUAGUUUAACAAGAACAACAACAGAAAUAAAUAACGAAAUUGAAACAAAAACCUAUGAAACAACAACAGGAGCGGCCGAUGUUGCUGAAAUUACAACACAAACAAUGAUUAAUUUAGCUAGUCGUACAACUCUUAUGGAACCGCUUGCUCCAAUAACAACAACGUUAGCUAAUUUGAUGGAUGAUAAUGACAUGACAACAACAAUGGCAACAGCAAAAACUAUAACAACAACAGAAGCAACAAUCAAUUCACCUACAAUUAUUUCUUCUGUCAUUUCGAAUGAUAAUAAAAAUUCUGUUGAAUUAUCAUCGAAUGUGAAUAAAACUGUAAUUGAAUACUCGUCCCCACUCCAAAAUCCAUUUAAUCAUGAUAAUACUAGUAGCAAUGAUAAUAAUGAUAAUAGUAGUAAGUUAAAAGCUUCACUAAUGGAUUUAACUAGUACCAGGAAAUCAGGAAAACCAAGUGAAUUUCGUAAACGUGUUGACUUAGGAAAUGGACCAGUAUCAUUAGGUUUGCCAUGUAUUUCGGAUACCCAAUGUGUGUUAGCUGAUCCAUAUACUUAUUGUAACGAAAGAAGAGUUUGUGAUUGUGCUGUGAAUUUAAUAACGGGUGGACAUAAUUCAAAUGCUUGUAGUUCCAAUAAUACCGGAUGUAGUCCAGGAACAUUCCAGUGUCGCUCAAGUGGUGUUUGUAUAUCAUGGUUCUUUGUAUGUGAUGGUCGCCCAGAUUGUACAGAUGCAUCUGAUGAAGAAUGUAUACAUAAUCCAAGAAAAAAUCAAUAUUGUCCAAAACAAUCAUUCAAUUGUUAUAAAUCGGGUCGUUGUAUUAGUCGUGCAGCACGUUGUGAUGGUAAACGUCAAUGUCCAAAUGGUGAAGAUGAAUUAAAUUGUAACUCAUUAAAAUCAGAAUAUGGUAAUUGCCCAGAGAAUACAUUCCGUUGUAAAAGUGGUGAAUGUUUACCAGAAUAUGAAUAUUGUAAUGCAAUAAUAACAUGUAAAGAUGGUAGUGAUGAACCACCACAUUUUUGUGGAUCACGUUCAGUACCAAAUUUCUUUUUACGUUUAUUAACUGCAAAUCUUGGUAAUACAAUUACAAAUGGUUUUAGUAGCAGUAAUUCUAAUAUAAAUAGUAAUAACAAUAAUAAUAAUAAUGAUUAUAGUUUAAAUAAUGAUUAUAAUAACGGAAUGUUAGGUGGUAAUCGCAUGAAUCAUUAUUGUCCACAUAGAUGUAAUAAUGGACGAUGCAGAUCAACAGCUAUUGUAUGUUCAGGUCGUGAUGGAUGUGGUGAUGGUACCGAUGAAGAAACCUGUUCUGUAUGCCGCUGUCCUGCACCAGUUCAUGGAGCAUCAAGAGUUUUAAUGGAUCCAACACAAACACAACCUGCAGCCCAACCAUCAUUAUGGGGUUGGCCAUUCUGGAAUUAAAACAAAUUAUUCAACAAAACUGAAAAGUACAUAGAAAUGAAGAGAAUAAUAAAUUGAAUAAAAAUCUAAACGCCAUCAUCAUGUUAUAUACAUAAGUCUUUAAAUUUUCAACAAUUAGUUUUUAAUAUAGGAAAGAAAAUCUAUCUCUUUAAAUAAAAUUUAAAAUAUAAAAUGUAGUUUUAUGUAAAAUUUUGAAAAAUUUAAUUAUAAAAUAGGUUUCAAA